AUGGGGUUUUCAUCCUCAAAUCUGGAAAAUCCUAGGCGGAUGUUGUCAGGAUUCAAUGGAGCCUCUACAACAUCUCUGGGCGACAUCAUGUUACCCAUCCAAGCCGACCCUGUUACCUUGAACGUGCAGUUCUCAGUCAUAGAGGACUUAUCCCCAUUUAAUGCCAUAUUAGGGCGCGUCUGGCUGCAUGGCAUGAAAUCUAUUCCUUCCACAUAUCAUCAGAUGGUGAGUUAUCUCACCGAAGACAGACAAAUUGAUCUCUAUUAUAGCCAGCUAGCAACCCAACAGUGCUACCAAGUGGCACGAGAAGCUGGAUCCAGUAGUGAUAACGGGCCUCCUCCCAAAUCUGCAAGCUUGGCUGAUCAAUAG